AUGUCAAAUCUUACCAAGCUUGAAUUUGUGGCACUUGAUAUCUCGGGCAAAAACUACUUGUCAUGGAUCCUUGACGCCGAGAUCCACUUGGAUGCCAUGAAUCUCGGAAAGACAAUUAAGGAAGAAAAUAAUGCGUCCUUGCAGGACCGUGCAAAAAUUAUGAUUUUUCUUCGCCAUCACCUCCAUGAGGAAUUAAAAAUAGAGUACCUCACGGUUAACGAUCCACUUACACUGUGGAAAAAUUUGAAAGAACGAUAUGAACACCAGAAAACUGUGAUCCUUCCAAAAGCUCGCUAUAACUGGAUCCACCUGCUAUUGCAGGAUUUUAAAAGUGUAAGUGAGUACAAUUCAGCCUUGUUUAAAAUUAGCUCACAAUUAAAAUUAUGUGGAGAAAAAAUUACUGAUGAUGAUAUGUUAGAAAAAACAUACUCCACAUUUCAUGCCUCAAAUGUGCUCCUGCAGCAGCAAUAUAGAGAGCGCAGAUUUACCAAAUAUUCUGAGCUAAUUUCUUGUUUGUUGGUGACUGAACAGAAUAAUGAGCUUUUGAUGAAAAACCACCAGUCCCAUCCAACUAGAUCUGUUCCAUUCCCAGAAGCGAAGGUGUCCUCAUUUCACGGCCAUAGACGUGGACGUGGACGCGGACGCAGACGUAGUGGUGGUCGUAGAUAUGGUCGCAAUAGAAAUAAUUAUAAUAAUUGUGGUGGUCAUAAUUCCUCAUUGACUCCCAGAAGGAACUCCACACCGUCCCACCAGAAGUGGAAUUCAAAUGCGACCAAGUAG